AUGCCCUCCGCUACGGACUCUACUGGAGGUGCAUAUGGCUCCUUGAUGAGAAAAUAUGGUCUUGGUGCAGACAAUGUCAUUGAUGCGCGUAUAAUUGACGUUCAUGGAAGAGUUCUUGAUCGACAAACUAUGGAAGAAGAUCUUUAUUGGGCAAUUAGAGGAGGUGGAGGAGGCAGCUUCGGAAUAAUUACUGCUUGGAAGAUAAAAUUGGUCCCUGUACCAUCAACUGUGACUAUGUUUACAGUUACCAAGUCCUUAGAGCAAGGUGCUACUAAGAUCUUAUUUAGAUGGCAACAGGUUGCUGAUCAACUUGACGAGGAUCUCUUCAUCAGGGUCAAUAUACAGACAGUUAAUACUUCUCAAGUAAUGCGAGAAAGCUUUCCUGAACUGGGUUUGACAAGACAGGAGUAUAUCGAAACAAGCUGGAUCGAUUCUACUGUUUUUCUUGGUGGCUACACCAUCAAUACAUCUCCUGAAGUUCUACUUCAAAGAAGAAAUAUAUUGAAGCACUACUUCAAAGCCAAGUCAGACUUUGUUAGACAACCUAUACCUGAAACUGCUCUCAAAGGUUUAUGGGAAAUAAUGUUAGAAGAAGACAAACCAGCUAUAGUUCUUACCCCUUAUGGUGGAAACAUGGGCAAAAUUUCCGAAUCUCAGACUCCUUUCCCUCAUAGAAAAGGUACCUUGUUCAUGAUCCAGUACUUGGCCAAUUGGCGAGAUGCGAAAGAAAAUGUUAGAAAACAUACCGAUUGGACUAGGAUGGUUUACAGGUACAUGAAACCUUAUGCCUCCAUGUUUCCAAGACAACCAUAUGUCAAUUACCGGGACCUUGAUUUGGGAAUGAACAAGGAGAAUAACACAAGCUUUCCAGAAGCAAGUGGUUGGGGCACCAAGUACUUCAAGGAUAACUUCUACAGACUGGUACGGGUGAAGACCAAAGUUGAUCCUGACAACUUCUUCAGGCAUGAACAGAGCAUCCCAACUCUUCCUCAUCAUAUGAGGAAAAGAAAUUGA